AUGGCUAUACUGGGCGACAGUGAGAUCCAGGCGCUGGAGGGCAACCUGGGAGCCAUCGUCCGUGACAGCCAGCAGCACCAUGACAACCUGCAGAAUCUGCUCCAGCAGUUUCAUUUCUUGCUGGAGAGCUACAAUCGCCUCAAAAGUGACUAUGAAGAGGAAAAGGAGGCUCGAGAAAAGUACAAGAAGCUAGCGAGAGGUCAAGACCGGAAUCCCUUUGUUCUUGUUCUGGUCGACGGCGAUGGCUAUCUUUUCCGAGAGGAACUCAUCAAGGCCGGCGCAGACGGUGGUAUCACCGCGGCUGCACUCCUGAACGACUCUAUCAAAGACAUCCUUCACGACCAAAUCGGAACCCAGGCGGACCAAUGCCGUAUCAUGGUCCGCAUCUACUCCAACCUGUUGGGCCUCUCGAAAACCUUAGCUCGCUCCGGACUAGUCGGCCAUGAAGCCCGCUCAUUAUCCCCGUUUGCCGCAAGCUUUACUCGUUCUCGCGACCUGUUCGACUAUAUCGAUGCUGGUGAUAAAAAAGAGGGUGCCGAUUUUAAAAUACGGGGUAUGAGCUCGAGCUGGUCUCAUGGUGGUUCUCAACUCACUCUUCACAGAGAUGUUCCGCUUGUUUGCCGAUAA